AUGGACUCUACCGAUAUUCACGAUACCCCCGUCGUUGACGAUUCACUGAACGAUGCCAUGAUCGAUGAGGGCGACAUCGAGGUCACCCCCAAGACCGAAGAAGAAUACGCCCAGUCUAUUCUAACCCUUCGCGCGAUCGUGUCGUCCAAAGAAGCUGGUAUCAUCAUCGGCAAAGCUGGAAAAAAUGUCGCGGAUCUGCGCGAUGAAACCGGCGUCAAGGCUGGUGUCAGCAAGGUCGUUCCGGGUGUCCACGAUCGGGUGCUGACCGUGUCGGGUCCUCUGCAAGGUACCGCGAGGGCUUAUGCACUGGUGGCCAAAGGAUUGCUCGAAGGUGCCCCUCAGAUGGGCAUGGGAGGCAUUGUGGCGAACAACGGAACUCAUCCGGUUCGGCUUCUGAUCUCUCACAAUCAGAUGGGCACCAUCAUCGGACGACAGGGCCUGAAGAUCAAGCACAUCCAGGAUGCCUCGGGCGUACGCAUGGUCGCUCAGAAGGAGAUGCUCCCCCAGUCUACCGAACGUAUUGUCGAAGUGCAAGGAACCCCGGAAGGUAUUGAGAAGGCCGUUUGGGAAAUCGGCAAAUGCCUGAUCGAUGACUGGCAGCGGGGAACUGGUACGAUCCUGUACAAUCCCGCUGUUCGUGCGACCGCCGGCUCUACUCCUGUAAACAACAACGUUGGCAACGGAUACAGCAGCCGCCCCUACAAUCGUACCGGCAACGGUGCCGACUUCAGCGACCAGUCUGGUGGCUACAGCCGGCGAUCCAACCCGGACAUCUCCAACCGUGGCUAUCCUCUUGUCACCGAGGACGGAGAGGAGAUCCAGACGCAAAACAUCAGCAUUCCGGCUGACAUGGUUGGAUGCAUCAUUGGCCGAGGUGGGAGCAAGAUCACCGAAAUCCGCAGAAGCUCUGGGGCCCGGAUCUCAAUUGCCAAAGCCCCUCAUGACGAGACGGGUGAACGCAUGUUCACCAUUAUGGGCAGCGCCCAGGCAAACGAGAAGGCUCUGUAUCUUCUGUAUGAAAACCUCGAGGCCGAGAAAACCCGCCGCAGCCAGCUACCUCAAGAAUGA